UAGCAACCGAUGGUUAGAGACCCUGAAUGACAUGGCUCAGAAUCGUUUGCAAUGACGCAGGUGCAUACACUCUUUUUGUUCUCCCAAAUUUUGAUCUCCUUAUUCCUCCUUGUCUCUUUUUUUCUCUCAAAUUUAUUUCACUGUAUUAUACUCUUUAAAUAACAUCUCUAGACACUAAUCUUCCCGAUUACUGCUUAUACUCUUAUUACCUCUACCACUACGGGGUUUGAAUCGACCACUGCAUCUCUAUGCUAAUGUGGUGUGGCAACUCGAACUGAUGUACGUACGUACGAAGUUCUACGUUGUUACUGACUGACUGACUUUUACAUGAGGAGAUUCUAUAGUAUUCUCCAACUAUCGACUGGUGCUGAUUGGAUAAGAAUUAGCCAAUCAGCGUGCACCAAAGCAAUCGUGCAUUGAGCACGCUUUAAUCCAGUCUAUGUCCCGCUAACACUUAAAAAUGUAGUUUAUGUGGCGAACGGUCGAACUGAAUGUUUCAGUACAAUAGAUAUAGUGGGAAGAUAGUGUUAAGAACAAAAAAGCCCUGUAAAAUAUCCUAAAACCUCAAUCGGUAGGGCGGUGGCCUACUGAAUAAUGCACUCAUCGUUUAUCCAUUGAGCUGCAUAUUGUCACAUCUAUUUUAAUUUAGGAAGACGGAGAGUAUCAUCCAAAAUAUAUGGUCUUCAGACAAUACAUAUUUGUCUCAAUUAACACCUUUUCCAGUCCAGCUACGUUAAAUUCCAAGUCCUGUCUUUCUUUCAGAAUGACUGUCACUUACACCAAAAACUAUUAUCCGAAAUUUUAUUUACAUCCACUAUGUAAUCCUCAAUGUGAAUAAAGAUCAUAUAUUUCAGGUAGUAAGAUUCUUGGUUUUUUGGUAAGCUUAAUCGUCGUACCUUCAGUUAUGUCAGAUUAGUGUAAAUAGAAAGUAGUCAGUGUUAUUUCCUUAAAUAAUUCCAUUCCCCAUAGUGGAAUUCACUUUCGUUUCCCAGGUAGCCUUUGUUGACUCGACAGCUUAAAAAUGAUCACUUCACAAAUCAACUAGCUUCUUGUCUUUUCAUCACUAUAGAUUGCUAUCUUUAAGGACUCAAAAGUCCAGACGGUUCAGUAAGAGUUAAUGACAAUGACCACCACUGUUUUGAUGCAAGUUAACCAAAUGAUGCUGUGGAUAAUUUUAUGUAAGUUUCUUAAAAUAACAUUUAUUGAAUUAGAAAAUUUUAGAACAAUAAUAAAUGAAAAGGAAAUAAUAUAUUUGUAAUAUCCCAAUGAGUAGAAAAAUUAUCACAUGAAAAGGAAAUGUAUCAUUCCUAUUCUCGCUGAAUAUGUGGUCCGUCUCAAGCAAACUACAAGAUUUCGUCCCCCAAACUAAUAAAAUUAGUAUUGUCUACAGAAGACAUGCAUCGACACGUCCUUCUGUAGAUCCUCGCUAGCCUAGUUUUUAAGCACCUCAAUAGCAACAUAGCAUAAUAUAAUCAGACUGUCAAACAUCCUUUCAAUUUCCUAUCUUUUAUUCAACCUAGUGUUUACAUUAGCACCGCACUUUGAAGUUUCUCUAUACUAAUUUUCUCAAUUGUAAUUAAUUUUAUUCGUGUACUGAUAAUUCCAACAGUCAAUUGCCUAAAUGAUUUCAAAAUCAACUUUAACUAUUCAUAUGAUUAUCUCUAAAAGCCUGUGAUGUUUAGUCUGCAAUACUGGAUUUAAAUGUUUCAUUUCUUUGUUUGAACACAUAAACAAUGGUACAACGAGGCACCGAACAGAUAUGCGCCACAUAAAUCAUCUUAGAGCUGGGAUGCUGCCCGGGUGCCCACUCCGAGCCUUUGACCUAAAGUUUAAUCCACAAGGCAGUGGAGCGACGUAACUAGAUGCUCUCCCAUGGUACCUGGUGACCAAUAAUAGAUUCAUACACCAUUUGUUUCCUUAGGAUCCUGGAGCUAAUGUACACCACUGGUUUGGAAUCAGGGUUUUCCAACUCCUCUUGGUGGACUCUCUGUAUCCACCGACCCGGUUAAAGAGCUGGAAAUUCACCUUUUGUCUUCUCAAUUUCGUAAACAACACCCCCGCCACGAUAAGGCAGUGAGUAGGACUUCCCUGGCAAUGGUUGUAUACGCGUGUCCUUGUGAGAGUAUUUCGAGGGAAACUGACUCUCCCCACUCCCGGCCGUACCAGAUCAUUUAGGGGCACUGGAGUUAAAGGUCGAUCUCAAGUAGACGUACGGUCGACAGUACAUACACUUGAAGUGUAGAUACUAUGAACUGUACUUCUUCAGUUUAACAAGUUUUCUAUGAGUUGCUUACUUACUAAAUGCCCGUAUUAAGGAAAAACAGCCUAUCGCAACUUAGUCUUCCAAAUACUUCUGUUUACUAAUUAUUUUCAAGGCAUAAUUUGAUAUGAAAUCAGUCUGCCUAAGUACCGAAUUCUGCAUUAUCGUUUAAACCUAAAGAUCGAAUUACAUGUCCUUACACUUACAACUAAUAACUUCUAAAUAAUUUCAAUUGUUGAGAUCAUGAGUCAAUCGAUGCUAGACCACCAUGGUAAGCCUGGAAGCAUUGGACGGCCGUUCCAUCCUAUUGUGGGACUCCUCAGCAGUGCGCAUCCACGAUCCCGCCUCGCGGGGUUCGGACCCAGGGUCUACUGGUCUCGCGCGCGAGCACUUAACCACUAGACCACUGAGCCGGCAUCCAACGGUGUUAAUGUCUAACUUCAACUAAUCCACGAAAUCGAGCGACACAUCCACCAUUGUCAUCAGUGAGUUACUAUCUCACAACUGACCCAAGUAACUGAACAUAAUAAAGUAUACUAAACGCUAUCUUAGCUCAUUACCACUUGGAGAUAACAAGAAUGAAAUUUGUUAGGCUGACAAAAUGUGGUUGGUUAUGCACUUUGAGUGUACUCUAAUCGUAAUAUAUUUCUUCCGUACAUUGUAAAAAUGUUUGGUCAAUAACUUAUCGAGUAACUUUUGUUUACAUGAUCAAUUAGCACUUAUGAAACGGAACCAAAAUGCUUUUAGUGGAAGUAAUUUCAUACUUACUGAUUAACGCCAGUUUAAUUAGGUGUCAUGUGACCCCUUGGAGCCAAAGACACUUUAUCUUUCACUGGUAAAAAAUGAAUUUUGGCUCUUGAACACAGAAAAUAUGAAACUAGUUACUCAAAGAUACAGAAUGUACUUCUCGAGGACAGAAGUAUGGAUGAACACGGAUUCUUUAUAUUUUAUAGCUAGGUAAUGUGAAUCACAUAACUUUGUUUUCCAUGCCUACUAUCUCGUUGGUUUAUGAUAAAACAUUUCUCUUACAGUUAUUGGGGUGAACAUAUUCACAUUCAUUUUAUGGCUGUGCCUUUUACUUCUUGCUCAAAUUAAACGGACAAAUAUAGAACAGCCAGUCCUCAUCGUCACUGCGCAUCCAGAUGAUGAAUGUAUGUUCUUUGCCCCGACUAUACUGAAAUUAGUAAAUAGCGGAUACAACGUCGACCUGCUGUGCUUUACCACUGGGAAUUAUGGUGGAGUUGGUCAUGAAAGGAAGCGUGAACUGGACGUUGCAGUGAAGAAAUUGGGAAUCCGACGUUCAACCAUUAUUGAUUCAGAUACAUUUGAGGAUGAUCCUAGUUCAUUUUGGCCAACAGAGGAAUUAAUUGAUAUUGUCUGUCAAACAUGUCAUAAGUUCCGUUCUCGUUCUGUGGUGAGUUUCGACGAAUUUGGUGUAAGUGGACACAGAAACCACUGUGUACUUGCAAAAGUCUUAAAAAAAGCGUGUAGAGACCAACUUAUUCCCCAACUAUUUGUCCUACAAAGUGUUUCCAUUUUACGUAAAUAUUGUUUCUUAAUUGAUCUAUUCUUUUCUAUUUUACUUAAAGAGAACUUCAUUUGUUCACCUUUCCGAUUACUGUACGUCCCUUAUUUCAGUAUGAUAAGUCAUAAAUCACAGUUAGUUUGGUUCAGAUGGUUAUACAUGUACUUUUCUGUCUAUAUGUACAAAAACUGCAUCGUACGAUAUGAACGCUAUUCCUGAAGAACUUUGUAACAUUCACUUGUUUUAUCUGCAGCUGAUUUUUUUAUACGCUCAGUAUUUUUGCCCCUUACGGUUUUCAGACUUAAGAAUAUCACAACUUCACUUGCGAUCGAAUAGUCCCCAGAGCUUUAUAAUAUAAAAAGUUCAUGUUUACAGUAAGUCAUCAUGAUAGUUCUGGGAGCCAAGUAACAACCAGUUAAAAGCAAGUUGUUAAAGACCUAUGAUAUGACAAAGAUUAUUUCUAUGUUCAUUGUAAAUGGUACGCAAGUAUACGCAUAAAAGCUCUCUAAAUAUACUUCCGACUAUCAACCUUCAAUACAAUACGCUCAAAGUUGGUCCUUUUCGAAUGUUAAUUAGAUAGCAUGGGUCUAAUGAGUGUUGACCAUCUCGACAAGUACAUAGUUAGUUGAGAAGUCGUAAGUUGCGGAUUGUUCUUCGGGAAAUUAACUUUUAUAGAUAAUUAUGUUCAUUUGGUUUAAUUCUAUACAAUAUGAACACUGUAUUUAUCUUGCAUGACAAAAUAAAGUAGCGUUAAAUAUUGUUUUAAUUGUUACACAGAUAAUCACAAAAUUAUCAAGAAUAUUAUUUUCUACCUUUCAGACGUUUAUGCUCUUCCAUGUUAUCCAACAGUUUUGAAUAUUUAAUCUGCAACCUCCGAGCAAAUGUCUCAUCACACAAAAUCUAUAUAAAGUGGAAAAAAAUGUAUCAGCCGGAAGUCCUAUUACACGAAGCAAUGGGUGUAAGGUUAUUUUC